CAAUUUACAGCCUCCCAACCCAGGGUGCUUUGCGGCGUGCGUCCAACGUUUUGUCAACAAAAGAGCGUUCAGUCAUUCCCGGACAAGAUUUUAAAUACCUGUACCAAGUUUCAGCUGGAAAAGACGGCAGCUACAAUGGGCUCGGAGUCGACGGAGAGAGAGCGAGAGGCCGUGGGGGACCAUAGGGAAUUUGUGGCCAGCUUCGAGUGUUUCUACAACAGCUCCGACCUGAGUGACGUGGUGCUAGUGGUGGGGAAGGACAGAUACCACGCGCACAAGUUCAUGUUAGCCCGCCUCAGCGAUGUCUUCCGCACCAUGCUGACCGGAGAGCACUGGACAGACUCCUCCAAGGAAGAGAUCCAACUCAAGGAGUCCUGCGAGUGCGAGUCCGUCUUCGGCGACUUCCUUCGCUUCUUUUACUGCGGUAGAGUGAACCUUGACAUCGAGACAACGCUGCCACUGUUGUUCCUAGCCGACAAGUACGACGUGAAACCCGUGCGAGAGGUAUGCGACAAGUACAUGACAGGGCAAGUCAUGAAAGGAAACGUGCGAGCGGCUCUACUCUGGCUACACUACGCAAAAGUGUACUCCCUGACAGAGCUUGAAACGCAGUGUAUCGAAGUUCUCUCGCUACGGAUGACCAAAGCCAUGAAGACGCCCGAAUGGUUGAACCUGGACUUGCCGUACGUGAUAGAACUGUUGCAGAACUCUUCGCUAGUCGUGGACGAGGAGUUCGUCCUGUUCCAGGCGCUGCAGGACUGGCUGUUGGCGGAGUGUCGGGCGGACAAGGUGGAGGACUACCUGCCGAAGGUGAUGUCUCAGGAGUGGUGCACAUUCCUCGGCUUGCAGCUCUCCGACAUCCGUAAGUACCCGAACAACGUGAACGCCAUCAGCCUGGACGGACCCAUCCCCGUGGAGGCCAUGUUGAACGUGGUCCACUGGAACAUGGCGGUCCACCUGUACGCCGUCUCCGGUGCCAAACCCACCCGAAUCUACCCGGGACCGAACACCGUGCUACCUUUACCCCAGGUGUCCCCACCGGAGACCGCCGAAUGCUUGUCCAUCAAAGUCACUCCGCUCAAGCUGGCGACGUUUGACAGAGACGUACAGCUGUCACUCGUCUUGUACGACAAGGACAUGAACGUGGCGCGCGUCAUUCGGAACAACUUCCUUGUGAAGGGGGUCCCCGGAGCCAACAACUUCGGCGGCGCGCAGCCAGGGGGGUUCCGCUUCAGUCCUCCGAUCAUCCCGACCCAGAGCUCCUUCGUCAUCGAACAUAUCUUCGACCAGAAAGACCUGGGACAAGACUCUAUGUACAUCAAGGACGGGUUCUUGCACAUAGCGAUCAUCAUCAAACCCCGUCUGAUGGGGACCGGGUCGUCGGAGGGAGAGGCGUCGGGAACAGGCUAG